AUGAACACCGUGUUCAACAGUGUGUUCACGUCGGGUGAGAAGACCGCUAAUAAAAGCAUCAACACGAAAAAUCGUGGCCUCUUCGCUACGUCUGAUCUGCAAGAAUGGUACGAGCAGCACGUGAUCGAGCCCACCUUGGCAAUCCUCGAAGAGUUCCAGGAGCGCGAUAGCGGAUGGGCGUUGUCGCGUAUAUUGAACCUGAUCAUCAACGUGAACAAGUACAAUCCCUUGCACGCGGGAUGUUACAUCAAGUUAUCGGAGGAGAUAAAGUCGAAGAAAGCAGUGGUGAACGUGCGAACGAUGGACAAUGCGUGCUUCGCGUGGUCGGUGGUCGCCGCUCUUUAUCCUGCGGAAAGGCACACAGAACGCGAAUCUUCGUACCCGCACUACACGACGGUGCUGAAUCUCCAGGGCAUAGAGUUUCCCGUAACGCUGAAGAACAUUGUGAAGUUCGAACGUCUGAACAUCUCCAUAAACGUGUAUACCAUCCAGGAGAAGAAGAAAGAAGAGGAACAACUCACGAUCGUACCAAUACGACUCACCGAUGAGAAGAUGGAUAAGCACGCGAAUUUGCUGUAUGUGCAAGAUGCGCAGGACAACAACGUGGGACAUUUCGCGUGCAUCAAGAAUCUAUCCCGCUUAGUGAGUUGCCAGAUAAAUAAGAAGAAUGGGCAAAUAUACAUUUGUGAUCGAUGUCUACACUACUUCUACACUAAUGAGAGAUUGGAGGCCCAUUCCGUGGAUUGCAGCAAGAUGAAAGAAUGCGCCAUCGUCUUACCUAACGAAGAGGACAAGUGGCUAAGUUUCACCAACUACAAUAGGAAGGAGCGAAUGCCGUUCGUCGUGUACGCCGAUCUGGAAUGCAUCCUGCAGAAGACGGAGGAGGAGGACGACCCGAAGCUGUACCAGCGUCACCGGGUAUUCAGCAUCGGGUAUUAUGUGCGGUGCUCCUACGACGACUCGCUAUCCGAGUACCGAUCCCGUCGCGAUACCGAUUGUAUAUCGUGGUUUGUCGAAGAAGUAAGAAGUUUAGCGUAUCGCGUAAAAGCGAUUUUGUCGAGAAAUGUCCCCAUAGUAGAAUUAACUCGAGACGAGCGCGAAAAAUUCGAUAGCGCGACGCAGUGUCAUAUCUGCGAGAAACCGUUCGCGCCGGACAACACGCGGGUUCGUGAUCAUUGCCACCUGACUGGUCGAUACAGAGGUCCCGCGCACGCGAAUUGUAACCUAAAUUACAGAGAUUCGCGUACUAUUCCGAUAGUGUUCCAUAAUAUAUCCAGCUACGACGCGCAUUUCAUUAUCAAAGAACUGGCCAGCAAUUUUAAGGGCAAUGUCAAUGUAUUGCUGAUUAAUAAAGAAAAGUACAUUUCGUUCACGAAACACGUUUACGGGUUUGAAGACGAUAAGACAACAUGGCGAAACCACAUGCAAUUGCGGUUCAUCGAUUCAUUUAAAUUCUUAAGCAGCAGUCUCGAUAAAUUGUCAUCUUAUUUAAAUAACGAUAAACUCCGAAUCGUACGAUCCGAAUUUGCAAAAUUGUUGGCUGACGACUUUGAUUUACUUACGCGAAAGGGCGUGUUCCCUUACGAGUACGUGGAUUGCGCCAAAAAAUUAGAGGAUACUCGCCUACCACCGCGCGAAUCGUUCUAUAGUUCUUUGACCGGUGAUACGGUAUCCGAGAGCGAUUACGCGCACGCCGAGAACAUCUGGCAGCGGUUCGCCAUUCGAACGCUCGGCGAGUACAGCGAUUUGUACUUGAAAACGGAUGUCUUGUUGUUGACCAACGUAUUCGAAAAUUUCCGCGAUAGCUGCAUCAACAGUUACGGUCUGGAUCCCGCAUAUUAUUAUACUCUGCCCGGUUUUACGUGGAACGCGAUGCUCAAGCAUACGCGUAUAAAUUUCGAACUUCUUACCGAUAUCGAUAUGGUCAUGUACAUAGAACGCGGUAUACGCGGCGGCCUGAGCCAAUGUUCAAACAGGUACGCGCAAGCCAACAACAAGUACAUGCAGUCGUACGACCCAUCGAAACCUUCGUCGUAUCUCAUGUAUUACGACGUUAAUAACUUGUACGGUUGGGCAAUGUGUCAACCACUGCCCUAUUCUGAAUUUCGAUGGGUCGAUGACACUUCCAAUUUCGACGUGAACGUGAUCGCUCCUGAUUCAUCAAAGGGAUACAUUCUCGAAGUCGAUCUCGAGUAUCCGCAACAACUGCACGACGCGCACGUCGACCUUCCGUUCUGCCCGACGCGCGAUAAGCCGCCGGGUAAACGGCAGGAUAAGCUGCUCGCAAUUGUGUACGAUAAGAAGCGGUACGUCAUUCAUUAUCGCAACCUGCAGCAGUGUACGCGUCACGGUCUUCGCGUCACAAAAAUACACCGCGUAUUAGAAUUCGCGCAAUCUCCAUGGCUCCGCGAUUAUAUCGAACUAAAUACGCGAUUUAGAACGACAGCGAAAAAUGAUUUUGAGAAAAAUUUGUACAAACUAAUGAACAACGCGGUAUUCGGUAAAACCAUGGAGAACGUGCGCAAUCACGUGGAUGUUAAACUGUUAACGAAAUGA